AUGGCCAUUUUUAGUAUUGGGUGUAUGACCGAUACUUCAAGUAUCAAAGCUCACUUUGAAGAGAAGGUGGAAGCAGAUUACCAUGGAAAAACAUAUCUGUUUUGUGAUAACAACUUUAGUGAUGAUCAUACGGCUAAUCGAACGCAGACAAAAACAACUUGUGAUGGUUAUAGAUUAUGGCGCCCUUUUUAA